AACGGCCUGGUUAAGCAUUUGGGCCUAGAAUAGAGGGCCCAUAUUGGCUCGCUUAUCUAUUUCGUUAGUUUUCAUUUUUUAGAGCCCAGGAGCGGCUCAUCGGCCAUCGCCAACACAUUUGAUCUUCUCUUCUCCUGCCCCGGCGAGGCGGCGACCGCCGGGAUUGAAGCGGCGAGAACUCGCCAUCUUUUCCGACGAGUCAAACCUAUGACCAAAAAGAUGAGCGGGAGGCGGCGCGCGGGACAUGUGUUCGACGAAAUGCCCCCGAAGAAAGCCAAGCCGUCCCGCGGGGGCGGCGCUGCGGAAGACCGGCUCAGCGCCCUCCCCGACGCGGUCCUGCACCACGUCAUGUCGUUCCUGCGGGCGUGGGAGGUGGCGCGCACCUGCGUGCUCUCCCGCCGCUGGCGCCACCUCUGGGCCUCCGCGCCCUGCGUCGACCUCCGGCGUCUGGGGCGGCGGAGGCACCUUCCGCCGCCGGAGCGGCUCGCCAGGUUCGCCUACCGGUUGCUGUUCGAGCGGGAGGUGUCAGCGCCGGUGGACAUUCUCCGGGUGAUGUCCAGCCCCGACGGCGAAGGGGAGGAGGAUUACACCACUUCAGAUGUCCAGACGUGGAUCCGUGCCGCCAUCAAGCGGAGAGCUCGGGUGAUCCAGCUUACCGACCAUCCAAUGGAUGAGGCGUUCUUUAACCUGGGCUUCGUCCCCAUCAUCUCCUGCCACCUCAAACACCUGAAGCUGUCUGGUUCUUUACUGUGGAACACGACGCUAAUGCAGCUCUCUUCUCAGUGCCCUGCUUUGGAAAUUCUAGAGCUCAAGAAAUGUUCUCUGCACGGCCAUGAGAUUUCAUCCACCUCUCUCAAGAGCUUGACCAUGGUGAAGUGCAGGAUCAUGGCAGAUGUCACCAUUGCUGCUCCGAACCUCGUGUCUCUGCGGCUCUGCGCUGCAUCAAGCCAUACCACCGAGCUCCCUUGUUCGAGGAUAUAGGGUCACUCAUGUUGAGUAUUAUGUGUUUAGGGGUAUAUUAGUAAUUUCCUAUCUCUAUUGUACUCAUAUAUGCCCUUUGGGCUAACACAAUAGUAACUGUUCAUUCUCCAAUUUCCCCUAAAUUGUGACAUGGUAUCAGAGCAAGAGCAAGGGAUCAAACCCUAACGUCGAUCCGGAGUCCACGCCGGCACGCCGGUGGCAGCUCGCCACCGGCGAGCCCAUCCAAUCCGUGCACAUCCUCGUCAGCUUCGUCGUCCACCACCGUCGAGCCGUCAAUCGUGGCAGCCAAUCGUUUCGUCGUUCGUCCACAAGCAGCAAGCAGAUCCAGUCAGCACAAGCAACAAGCAGCAUCAAGCAAUCAAAUCCACAAGCAAGCAGCGGAUGCAUGAACAAGCAUUCAGAUCCAGUUCUUCGUCACCACGUCAGUCGUAGCCAGGCCGUACUCGUCGCGGAUCUUGUCGUCGCGUCUCGCCGUGGCUCGUCGUUGUCGCCGCAUUCCCAUUGGCCGGUCGCGGCGCUCUCUUCAUCGCCGCCAGCGCCGUCCUCCUCCCAUGUCAGUCGUCCAGCUUUCCGUCCGCCGCCUGCGCGCGUGACCAUCUGCAUCGUCGCCGCACAGGUCAAGGUCCUGGUCCUCUUGGUCUAGCCUGCUCUGUUCUCUCUGCUUCUCCACAUAGAUGCUUGGAGACUGGUUACUGGACUUAACAGCAACAAGCCAUCGUCUUCCCUAAUAUCAAGUAGCAGCGACAGCAAUUUGCAAGUGUCAUGCAGAUCCACCUUGUUCCAUAUUCAAACAUCAACAAAUAGCAGUAGAGAAGCCCAUAUCGAGUUAUGCUUCCCUCAUCAUGCAGCCGGCCUCUGCUCUUGCCGGAUUUGUGAAGCCAUCCAUAGUCUCAACUAUCUUGAUUGUUGAAUUGUUCCAUCAACAGAUCUAUUUUGUGUUUGCUAUGCUUGCUUACUGCUGCCAUCAACAAGUCAAUUAAUAUCCUUUGGUCUUGCAAACAUAUCAUUGUGCUUCAGUUUGAGAUAGGCAACAGAAAACCAAGGCACAGCCCUGUGCAUGUCCUUUUGAUUUUGAUAUUGCUUCUUGUCAUCUGCAUCAAUUGUUCUCUUAUGUCUUUUGCUAGUAUCCUAAGUCAUUUGCUAGUAUAUCAAUGUCAUCUACAAAUCAAUUUCCUAUGUUUCCUAUCAAGUCCAUCAAAGUCCAUCGGUUCGUCGAAGUCAUGCUUGUCAAUCAUUAUCACUAUCUCGCUCGCUCCAUGUCGAAGUUAGCCUUCUAUCAUCACCAGAAGCUCCACGUCGGAGCUGAUCUUUGUCAUAUCACCAGCUCCCCAUCGGAGUUGACAUCAUCAUCAAUCAUUGAAGGGCCGAAGAACAGUUUGUGAAGGUCCUUCAUCUCGUCAUCAUCACCGUCUCUGAAUCAGUGAAGAGCCAAAGAACAGUUUGUGAAGGCUUUUGGUACUAAGGGCUGAAGAACAGUUUGUGAAGGCUCGAGGUCUACUUCAUUGAGGAUAGGAUGGUUUUCUCUUCUUCUAAUUCAUUCAAGAGCAAUGCUUCGACAACAUCUUCAAACAUGGACUUUGUAUUUAUAGUAGUGUGUCAUUUAUCUUGUGUUUAGUUUCAAAUGCAAUGCUAUUGUAUACACAUUGCAUUUGAGCAGGGGUGUUGAGUAUUAUGUGUUUAGGGGUAUAUUAGUAAUUUCCUAUCUCUAUUGUACUCAUAUAUGCCCUUUGGGCUAACACAAUAGCAACUGUUCAUUCUCCAAUUUCCCC